AUGGAGAACAAUAACACUAUUGAUAAUAAUACCGAUAACAACUUAUUAAAGGAAUCCAAAUCCGAUACGACCUUAUCAUCUAUAGAAACUACAAAAUCUUCUAAAAAUAUAAAACAAGAUGAAAAGUUAUUAAAGGAAACCAAAUUACUUAGAGACACAUUAGACUUACUUUGGAAUAAAAGUUUGGAACAACAUAAGAUUUGUGAUGAUUUACAACGUGAAAAUGAGCAUCUGCAAGAUUAUAUUAAUAAUUUAAUGAGUUCUAGUAAUGUAUUAGAGAAGUAA